GAGGAGAAGGAAGAGAGAUAGAGAUACAUAGAUAGAUAGAUAGAUACAUAGAUACAUACAUAGAUAGAUAGAUAGUUCGGUAGACAGACGGAAGGUGGAGAGGAGAGCAGGAAUCGGCACUCGCUUGGAUCGUCCCAGUGACCAGAGGCACUCGGGGCCACUUUUCGGAUCCGCAUCGUGGGGAACGGUCAACCAUUCGCGCGUCCUUCGAGGGGUUGCGAACGAGGCCCAGUCGAGACCGAGGUGGACGAUAUCAUCUGUGGCUGCGGUAUACUCCAGGGUGUGCACGAGGUCCCGGUCUAUCACGCCACGUGACCGCGCAACAGGACUUAAGCUAUUCGAACAGUGUGUGCCGGGAAUAUCGAACGAUUCUUACGAUCAAAGUUUUUGCUCGCCGAGGUAGCAGAAACGCUCGGACAUGAUGUGUAACGUGUGACAGAGGACUUGGUUCCGAGGAAGACUGUUAUUAAGUUUGUGGUGCGGACGGACACCGGUUGGCCAGUUUCAUUUGGAUAUCGUCAAACUGCGAAGAUGAACCAACAGUGUAAGGUCUGCGGUGAACCGGCGGCUGGUUUUCAUUUCGGCGCGUUCACGUGCGAAGGCUGUAAGUCGUUCUUCGGGCGUACCUACAACAACCUGGCCAGCAUCUCGGAAUGCAAGAACAACGGUCGGUGCGUGAUCAACAAGAAGAACCGCACCGCGUGCAAAGCGUGUCGGCUGCAUAAGUGCCUGAACGUGGGCAUGUCGAAGUCGGGCUCCCGGUAUGGUCGUCGCUCGAACUGGUUCAAGAUCCACUGUCUCCUGCAGGAACAAGCCAACGGCAGUCAGGCCGUGAACGUGACCCCUGGCCCUGGAUCUCCGUUCGGUCCAGCUUUCCUGCCCGGUUACCUGCCUCAGACUCAGAGUCAACAGGCCUCACCUAGUCAGGAGGACCUAGCCCUCCAAUCGCACCUCCUACACGUGGCGAUGCUGAAGAAACGGCGCAAGGUGGACGACGAGUCGCCUCUCCCGGAGGACAUGGCGCUACUGAAGAAACGGCGCAACGUGGACGACAAGUCGCCUCACCCGGACGACGUGGCUCUGCAGAACCAGUUACGCCUGCUGGCCUGGCAGAAGGAGCGCGAAAGGGUAAGCAGCAAUCCUCAGCAGCCCCCCACAACACCGCCCAGGAACACCACACCUCUCCCUUUCUACAAACAACAGCAACAGCACGCGGUUUCGCCGAUGUUCCCCAUGAAUUUUGCUCAAAAGGACGUCUGCGUGCCGUCCAGCCCUUCGGAAGUCUUCAGACCCUACCUUCCGACGUACAAAAGGAGGGCGGACACGCCCAGCGAUAGCGGCGCGUCGUCGGUCGACGGCGACGCCGACGGCGAUGGCGACGCCGACGGCGAUGGCGACGGCGACGGCGAUGGCGACGGUGACGGUGACGGUGGCGACGGCCAGGACACCGAAUCUAGAAGCAACUCGGCGCUGAGUUAUUUCAAGGCCAGGGCAGCGUCCCCGACUCUCUCGGAGAGGGAUUUCCUGCCCAGGAAGUUCAGAGCCACCGUCACCCUGACGACUGGUUUUCACCCUCACCAUAGUCUAGGUCUGAUCUAUCCGCCGCCAGGCUUGGUGACGCCAGCAGCGUCCCAGCACUCGCCCAGAGGCGGCGAUUUGCUGCUGGUUAGUCCCAGCCCAGGCGGCCUAGCCGUCGAACAGGACGAGCCGAUCGAUCUCAGCGUCCGAUCCGGCAGAAGCUCCCCGAGACCGAGUCAAUUGUCCGAGGAGGACAACAGGUCUAUGGAGAACGUCUGCAAACUGAACAGCCCGGCGAAGGAGGAGGCGACCACCAAGAGCAAACCGUUGGACCUGAGGCUGGGAGUGAGGCCGGCGGAGCUGCCGUUGUCGUUGUGAACUUAUCGGUGGAACUAGCAGGCCCAAAACGGGCUGGUUCUGAGCUCUGAUCCGAACUUGGGUACUGGUGAAUCCUCGUUCGAGGAGGCCGGCUGACGGAAGGCUUCCAUGGGAGUCGACGAGGAUUCGGUCUCUACGGGAGAACGGAGACCUCGGAGACGCGACUGAGAAGAAGAUGCAACAUGACGAAGGCAUCGACGAAGCAUCCGAGAGCUUCGAUGGAGGAUCGUACUGGAGCAACGACGUCGAAUCGCGAGAAUGUGUUCAAAUCUGUAUAUAGGUGUCCGUUGAACCGAUCCAAGAGUCCAGAUUAAUUUAUUACGGUAGCGGCUAGAAAGCGAGCGAGACGGUCGAUCUAAUCGUUGAUUUCACUUAGGUCCAUUAUUCUGACAUGUAGAGGUUUUUCUGCCGCGUGUCGUGUCGCGUCCAUACACGCACAGACACAAGCACAAGCGCGCGCGCGCGCCCGAGCAUGCGCUGUCUCGACGUGCCCGUCAAAACGGAUUCCGUGCAUCUUCUCGGAUAGAAUAUCGUUUUUUCUAUUUCUCUUUUUUCUUUUUCUUUUUUCGUACUGGUUCGAGCGAUUUACGUGACAAAAAUUUCGUCGAUAUCGGCCAACGUGGAAAUUAAUCGAACGACUAUGUGAGUUGUAACAAUCACGUAAAACUAUUACGCUUGUACAUUAUUUAUGAUUACAUUUGUAAGUUGAACUUACCGAACAUCGCGAGACGCGCACCUGAAAAUUUUCAUUUGACAAAGAUCCUUCCAUGUUCGAUGGAAGGAUUCGAGAAUCGUUUGACGACCUAUCCAGUUUUAGUAUUUCCAUUUCAGAAGGUGUGCGUGAACCUUCCGACAGAUUUAUGAGUCCUGUACAAUGAAACCUGGGGAUUCGCAGAUAUAUCGGCCAGUAGUCGAGUGCCUUAAUAUAAUAUAUUUAUAGAAAUAUUGUUUUUAUUAUACAUAUCUGUAUAACUUGAAAUACCGGCCCGUCCUGGGACAGGAUCGCGCCUCGAUCGGCGCGCGCGAUCGCUCGGCCAAUCCGUGAUCAUCUGUUCGAAUCGGAUUCGAUCUUCUCUUCUCUGCUUUUUCGUACGGCGAAGCGUGUGCGCGCGGGUCGAGGUGACGCGGAUACGGCGCUCGUCGCGCGUCCGCGACCCCGUCGCCGACGAUCGAGGCCAGUAAAUGAAACGUACGGGAGGAGUGACGUCAGGUAUCAUCAAUCAAUCGACCCGCGCAUCCUGUAAAUACGCGAAAAUGGAGAUAUGGGGGACAGGACUUCGUCUACGAAUCAGAAUACUGCUUCUGCACUUCCGCUUGGUGUACGACCUCUCGGCUGGCGCGACAGGCGAACGUAUAUUUGUUUUCUCUGUUUUUAUUUUCUUUCCACCUCCUCCUCCUCCUCAUCCUUCGUCCGCCGUCCUAUCGAUGAAUCUUCUUUCCUUUCCAUUUUGUACAUAAUAGCAUGUAAGCGGUGAACUCCUAGCGGCCAGUACAUACACGUAACGCGGAAUUAAAUAUUUUUGUUUAAUCUACGGUCA